ACGAAACAUCCCGAUACAAAGAAGCUGUAACAUAAAAUAUUCCUCCCUUCGAUUUCCUUACAACCUAAAACGUUCAUUCGUAUUUCUUCCUCUCAUGACCUGAUCAGAAUCGAGCGGUUCCGUUCUAGAGUCGGCAUCUCCUGCGGCUGAACUCCGCUUAGCUGCAUUAACUCGACUUCCCCAUCAUCAUCACCGCUGAAGCUACAAGUCCAGACCGUCUAGACCAUCCACCCUCGACUCAUCAGCUCGCCACCCCUGCUUUGGACCCCGAUCUGAUAAACGUAAGGUAUAUUCGCAUUUUUAUCUGAUCAAACUCAUGAGAUAGGAACAGCGGUCUUUUACGUCUAUCUGAACACACCAAAAGAUGUACUGCGGAGAACCCCAGCCACCACUGUCCGAGCUAUCAUCAGAUCCAUACCCCGGGCCUCCUCUUCUUCUAAAUCUCCCUCCUGAACUCAUAGACAACAUUCUUUCUCAUCUUUCACCUUACGAUCUCUCCGCCAUAUCCGCAACAUGUCGAGAUCUGCAUAAGCACGCUCUCUCAGAUGUCCUCUGGUACCCACUAGUUCAAGAAAACGUCCCAGGCGUCACUCUCACAAGCCCCCGGCCCUGCAACAGCUAUCAUGAGCUUUACGUCGCCCACGAUCGUCUUUGGUUCCUCCCCAGACAAAAAAUCUGGUUCUGCGAUAGGGAUCUCACUGGAAGACUUAUGAUCGUUCGCUAUGAUCCUCGGCGUGGUUGCAUCGAGGGCUAUCAAUUACUCGCGAGUAGAGACAGGCAAAUACAGCAAAGUUUCCUCGGACAAGGCGACGUUUUGAUCAAUGAAUUUGAUCCUAAAGUCAAACUUCAUCUUGAUAAGCCCAUGCUACAGUUUCGCGUGGGGGAACGAGCUCCGGAGGAAUUUCUGAGUCGACCUGGUGCCAAUCGCUUCGCUGAUGAGAUGCCCGUGACUCUUGAUGACAGAAUCGACGCUCUAUUUAGCAAUUUCAUGCUAACAUGCGAGCUCGAUCAAGAAGAAGCCCAAGAAAACCUCACCUCACAUUUCCCAUACGGUAACAUCUGGCCACCGCCUCACAUCCCUUCAGACCACCAUGUCUCGGGUAGCAGCACACAAGUAACAUCGGAGGGCAUCUUCGUGAAAACACCAUCGUCCCGGCCUCAGCGCCGCGAAGAGGUAUCAGAGCGAUUCUUCCGCAUUCGUCAAUGGAUGGAAAUGGCGGGUGGUUUAUCCCGAGUCGGUAUGGCAGCUGGUUUGGGUGGUAUAUACAGUAUGCUAAGAUUAUCACGCACCGCAGUCGACGGCGGAAUGCCCAACGUUCACGUCGGCGAGGAGCUCAUCACGUACUCCACCCUCGAUCCGAAGUUAUACACGCCGACUGUGUUGAAGCCGUGGAGGGGAAUUUGGGUCGGUGAUUAUAGCACCCACGGAUGCGAGUUUUUGCUCAUACACCAACCUGACGAUGAGACGAGCGCCACGGAUGAAGAACUCGGUCUUGUAAGACGAGAUUCUGAGAGUGGUGAAGAGUGGCAAGCGAGACGGACUGAAGGACGGACGUUUCAGGGACGACUGGAGGCGAUUAAAUUAACUGGUGAUCCCAACGUUCCGCGGGGAGAAAUCACCUUUGUAGCUGAUGACAUUGGGCCCGAUGGUGUCGUCGACGGUCCGCCGGUAGAUCCUUGCUUCCAGGGAAUGAGAGCGGUUCACAGCAAAGGACAUAUUGCAAAUACAGGAUUCGCCUCAGACCGAUAUAUUGAGAGUCAGCUUAUAUUCGUCAGUCACGAUCGGCUGGCGCAGCACUGGGUUGGGUUUGGACAUAUAAACUACUUUCAGAGGGUGGACAUUGAUGAGUUUCUCAAGGUGUAAUGUUGUCUGGAGAAUGGAGGUAAGAUUGUACUCAUCACAAUUAAUUUUUAUGACCAGAAUAGAAGCUCUGGCUUUAUUGUAGUACUGCAUGAUUAAACUAUGCUUGAUUCACG